CACACUUUGAUCUGCUGCUUCUUCCUCAGCCGAAAACGACUAGGUUUAAACUCGCUCCCUGUGGUACUGUUGACAACGUCGUCUACUCGGUGUCCUGAAGCUUCGCCUCUUCUGUUCUCUGUGACUUUGCCUCAGCUGUAACGUCAACGCUGCUGCUUCCACAUUUACUUUCUCAGUAGCCAGCAGCUGAUAGAAAUGCUUGAUGCGGAGGGGAGGAGAGACGAGUUGAGUGUGUGUUGUGUUUGGAGGCGGGACUCCUGGUUCAUCAGUGAAGAAGGAAGAGAGGCAACGUUACACUAUCAGAGCGUCAGACAUGGAAGUCCACCACACUCUGAUCUGCUUCUUUCUCAUGCUGCAGGAUGUUAAGACUGGGCUCAUUAAUGCAGAAACACGCAUCUAUACAGGAACUGAAGGAGGAAACAUCAAAGUCUCAUGCUCAUUUCUCUUCCAUGGAAAUACGAAGAUCUUCUGUAAGGACAAAUGUGAAAAAAAAGAAGACAUUCUCCUUGAAACAACAAGUGACAGAGCUGAGAGAGGCAGAUACAGGAUUGAAUAUGAAAGAGGAGCUUUUACAGAAAGAGCAACUCUGUAUGUGAGCAUCACACAGCUGAACAUGUCUGACUCUGGACGGUACUGGUGUGGUUUGGAAAGAUUUGGUCCAUAUGGACACGACGAGUUUGAGAUCAGAGUCAUAGAAGCUUCAACUACUUCAAAACCAAACUUGACUCUACGACCGUCGUCAACUUCACUCCCACCAUCCUCCACACCUUCAGCAGCCACCAAUCAGCCUGAGACAUCACCUGCAGGUUUCUUCCUGGUUUUGGUUGUAUGCAUCCCUGUGCUUAUGGUGGUCGUGCCAUUGGCUGUUGUUUUGUUGCUGUUGCUCUACAAAAAAAAGAUGAAGGACUCUUGUGGUUUAAAGACAAGAGGAAACUCGGACCACAGCAACACUGAGUGUGUCACCUAUGAGAACUGUCCUCCACCCUCUACAUGUGAAGACUCCACCUACCAGAGCCUCAAUCCAGCCAGCAGGGACCAUGACCAAACCUACUCUACACUCACCUAUACAUGAUACUGUCUGGAUUUAUACAUGGAUUCUGUUGAUGUGCAGGUUAAUGUUGUGAUGUCAGGCAUAAUACGACUUGAAACAUUUCUUUUUAAGAUGCUGCAACCAGGAAAUGUUUGACAUGUUUGUUUAACUUGAUUAUUAAAUAGUGACAGUGCUGAUACAGAGAGCUGCAGCAUUAUAGUUUAUAUUUCCUUAUACAGGAAGUGAGAAUUCAAAUUUCAGACAAACAAGAUAUAGUGUUCUAUAAGAACAACAAGGAUGUAAAAAUUACAAGAAAAAGCAAAUGCUAAAUAAAUGAUCUAAAUAAAUGACAAAUAGGAAAAAGUAAAAAGAAGCCAUCAGGUGAAAACAGGACAUAAGAGAAACUUGUUUGUUCAGACAAGAAGGUGAAUAUCAAAUACUCUGAAGUGUAUUAUCUCAGUCUUAUUACAAUGUUAUGUGCUUUUUAUUGAUUACUGUUUUAUUGUAUAAGUCAGAUAUUUUCUAAUGUAUGUAAUUUCUUAGAUUACUCUCGU